CAACCGUCUCCCAGGAAACAGCAAUAAGACCAACACAUUCCCCGUUUUUGGGACUGGCACAUCAUGCUGUCGCUGUGAACGUAUUUUGUUUAGACAAAGUUGAUUCGCCUAUUUUAGGUACACUGAGGUUAUAUUAGCCAUCAAGUUUAGCUCGAGAAUGUAAGUAUCCAGCGAUAUUGUUUGUUGCAACAUGCUAGCAGUAACUGACUUUGCCUUUGCUCGAGCACGUGAAUUAUUUCACAAAUGGUGGGGGGCCUCUCUGCCCUCUUAUCCACGCAGGACGAGGAUGAUGAAGAUGAUUGUAAGGUGAAAAUCCAACUGCCAGACACCAAAGCAACAGAUAUAGUCCUGGAUGGAUGUGAAGGAGAAAGUCCUUGUUCUGCAAACACCAUACUUCUAAGUUGCUUGCCUGUCAUCCUUCUGCAAAGAGUUCCAGGAUAUCAAUCCACAGCCAGAAAACUCUUUGCUACGAUUUGCUGACCUCCUCUCAUGCUCCUUUUUUCUUCAUAAGGAGAGAAGUGUUUUAUCUCUAUCUACAACAUCUGUCAUCUCAGCCAUGACUGAAAAUCCCCUCUUUUCCUCUCCCUUUGUCCAUCGGUGGUCCGAGGUACAGGCUUCAAACCCGUAGCUGCUUAUCGGCAGAGUGGUUCAAUUCCACCUUUCGGGCGUAAAUUCUAAGCGCUCAAAUGUAUAGACUUUGAUCCCCUUAUAAUAUUCAUAGGAAUUCGCUAAUAGAUGUUCUAGGCUAAAACAACAAAAUCAUCAUGGAAAUAAACAGCUACUCUUGUUGAAACUACACAUCUGCUCUUGUUGUUUCGUUUGAAAGUUUUGGGCUCCCGAGUGGCGCAGCGGUCUAAGGCACUGUAUCUCAGUGCUAGAGGUAUCACUACAGACCCUGGUUCGAUUCCAGGCUGUAUCACAACUGGCCGUUAUUGGGAGUCCCAUUGGGCGGCGCACAAUUGGCCCAGCGUUGUUAGGGUUUGGCGGGGUUAGCCGUCAUUGUAAAUAACAAUUUGUUUUUUACCGACUUGCCUGGUUAAAUAAAAAUACAAAAUCUUCUGUCUGACUGUCUGUUUGACACAAACACACAAUUUCUCUGUCUCACUCUCUUUUCCCCUCCCAACUCAUUAAAUCCUUACUUCUCUCUCGACAGUAAACUGGGCCUGCAACUUCCGCACCCAGUACACAGUCAGGCGGGAAAAGCCCAGUUCUACAGUGAAAGACAGGGGCUGGAGGUCACUCUGCCCAUGAACCGCUUCAUGGAUCAAAGCAACCUGCAAUGAAUGACAUAGCAAGUUAGGGUGGAAUACCCAAUAUUAUACAAACUGCACAACCACAUUUUUUCUGCAUUUCCAACAAAGGACUUUGUGCCUGUGCUUGGCCUAAAUAUGCAGGCUUUUGUUACCAAUGCAUGUAACAGGCUUGAGUUGAGAGGAGUAGGUAGGAAUGUGCACAGACGCAACGGCUCCAUAUCAUCGCUGUACACAGUCCUACUACCCCCACGCCUUGCUUUCGGUAUGGCGGACGGAGAGAGGUCCCCGCUACUGGCAGAUCUCGGAGAUGGUGGUCUUGGGGGUGGUAACGGCGGAGUGUCACCUGGCUCGGCUCCUUAUGGUUUACCAAAUAAGCCACAAAGCUUUCCUCCCUUCCCCAGCCCCACCCAGCCCUCAGUGCUUAUGGGGGAGGACCCUCCUCCGUACUCCCCUCUCACCUCCCCAGAGAGUGGCAGCGUGCCAGGCAUCAGCUGUAGAGUGUGUCAGAGCCUCAUCAGCGUGGAGGGGAAGAUCCACCAGCAUGUGGUCAAGUGUGGGGUCUGCAACGAGGCUACGCCCAUCAAGAAUGCGCCUGCAGGGAAGAAGUAUGUCCGCUGCCCCUGUAACUGUCUGCUCAUCUGCAAAGUCACCUCCCAGAGGAUCGCCUGUCCCCGGCCCUACUGUAAGAGGAUAAUAAACCUGGGUCCGGUCCACCCUGGUCCAGCCAGCCCUGACCCCCAGCCGGCCGGAGCUCGGGUCUCCUGUGGACACUGCAGCAAUACUUUCUUGUGGACAGAGUUUACUGACAGGACACUCGCCAGGUGCCCACACUGCAAGAAAGUCUCCUCUAUUGGUCAGGGGUACCCUCGAAGGCGGAGCUUGUGGUGUUUUCUACUAUGCUUGCUUUUCAGCAUCUCCACUGCUGGGCUGGUGGCUGGUACGUGGGUGAAGGCCCAGGACUAUGGGGGUAUCUAUGCCUCCUGGGCCGUGCUGAUCCUGCUGGUACUCCUUACCCUGGGCCGGGCUCUGUACUGGGCCUGCAUGCGUGUUAGUGAGCCCCUACAGAACUUCACAUAGACACACACACACACGUGUAGGUUGAAGUUGCCCCUAGAUGCUGAUCUUGGGUCAGUUUUGCAUUUCCCCCAUUAAAUGGCUAUCGUUAAGAUUGUGGGAUGGGAAGCUGAUCUCCUAGAUGUGUACCUAGGGGAAACUUCACCCCAAAGCCACACAAACAGGGGAGAGGAGACCCGCAGGAGCAAGGGGGGGGGGGGCUUUUAAAAUAAUAUUUAUUUAAACUGGAAAUUAAAAAACAAAGUUUUCCUCCUCCUUCCCUUUAGUCUGUUCAAUGUGUUUCCAAACUGGAUGAUGAACAUUUACUUACUCCCGAAGGAGCAGUAGCGUGACUGCUGCAUUACUAGUUCAAUUAGUUUUAACAUGUUCAACUACUGUCCCUUCCCUGUUUUUAAUCACUCAGGCCCUGCCAUGGCUCAGUGGAAGAAAGUCUUCAAUUAUGACAUGACCCUCGGAAAAGACUGCUACUUCGCAACACUGAUCUCAUGUUCUGUUUUUGGGCAUUUUACAUGAUUUAUUUGUUUUGGUAAACCCUUGAAGCAUUUUAGAAAGGCAAAUUAAGCUAAAAUGAGGCCAGUGCAAAGUAAAUGCCACCCAAGUUACCCUCCCUUGUCUGUCAUGGUGCAUAAUCUGUGGGACUGGCAGUCUUUGAUCCAAAGUAGCUUAGAAGCCUUAAAAGCAGUUUUUAUUUUUUAUUUAACCUUUCAUUUAAUUUAACUAGGCAAGUCAGUUAAGAACAAAUUAUUAUUUACAAAUGACGGCCUACCCCGGCCAAACUCUGAUGACGCUGUGCCAAUUGUGCGCCGCCCUAUGGGACUACCAAUCGCGGCCGGAUGUGAUACAGCCUGGAUUCGAACCAAGGACUGUAGUGGCGCCUCUUGCACUGAGAUGCAGUGCCUUAGACACUGCGGCACUUGGGAGCCAAGUUAGAGAGAGAGCUUGAGAUGAGGCUGUUCAAUCUUACUAGACACACACAGCCCUUCCCUCUCUUACACACACACACACACACAGAGCUAAUAGCUUAGAUGUAAGCUGUCAGUGUAACCCAUAGAUGUACACUGUACUAUAGAGCCUCAAAAUGAUGAAAGCCCUCAGUGGUGCUGCCCAUGUUAAACAGGCUUUGGGCCAGGUGUGCCCACUACCCAGCUAUGGUCAAACUACAGUACAUCUUUGCCUGGCUACCCAUCUAACGUUUCUUCUCCACAAUGAGUCGGGAUUUGCUUUCCUCCCUGACCCUUUGAAAAUGUGUCAACAUUUUGACUGUUCUGAUUGGUCCCAGAAACCGAUGAGUUGGGCCUGAUAUGAAUCACGUCAUUUUGACAUCCGCACAAAUGACUAGGAUGGCAGGUUCAGACUGACAUGUGGAGCAAUCCAUAGAGCAGCGGAAUUAAAUUGGGGUUGAGUCGUCAGGCAAAAUCUACCCUCCAUGAUCAAAAUGAGUCCUUGAUGACUGAAGCAGGCUGUGGUUGUUGUAGACCCUGUGCCUCGGCGAGGCUGUCCUUCAGGUUGGGAUUACGUCCCAAAUGGCACCCUAUUCCCUAUAUAGAGCACUCCUUUUGUCCAGAGCCGGUAUAUGGCUCUGGGCAAAAGUAGUGCACUAAAUGGGGAGUAGGGUACCAUUUGGGAUCCUGUCAGGGUGAGGAAACAGUCAGUGAAGAGAAUACACUACCUGCAUAUUCAAACAGUCAAACUAACCCUAUAACACUAACUUGUCUGUGGGUCUCAUUAUGGUAGUUUAUAUAUUUUUUUUUACAGAUAUGUUAGUUUGUUUUAAUUAAUUGUACAUAUGUUGUUCAUGUGAGUAAUUAUUACUAAGCAGAUAUUCUGUUGAACUCGUGCAUAACACUACAUGACUGAUUCUUGGAGAACUGUUUUGUUGAUUUAAUAGGGUUAUUUUUGCAACCCUUUUUAAUGGAAUCUGGAAAGUUGUUACUGAUUUGAUAACCUACUAACCCAUUAAACCUCUGGACUAUGUGUCAAUCUUAAAUCAAACACACAAAUAGUUAACCACAAAAUGUCCACAUUAAUUGCAUAGUUUUACACACGCAGCUCUUAGAUGGUUACCCUGCUUGACAGAACUGUUACAGUAGCAGCUCUUAGAUGGUUACCCUGCUUGACAGAACUGUUACAGUAGCAGCUCUUAGAUGGUUACCCUGCUUGACAGAACUGUUACAGUAGCAGCUCUUAGAUGGUUACCCUGCUUAACAUAACUGUUACAGCAGCAGCUCUUAGAUGGUUACCCUGCUUGACAGAACUGUUACAGUAGCAGCUCUUAGAUGGUUACCCUGCUUGACAGAACUGUUACAGUAGCAGCUCUUAGAUGGUUACCCUGCUUGACAGAACUGUUACAGUAGCAGCUCUUAGAUGGUUACCCUGCUUGACAGAACUGUUACAGUAGCAGUGAGUUAUUUUAAAAUGUUAUUUAUUAUAAUGAUUAUGUUUUAAUCAUGAUAUUUAUGUACAAUAUUGAUCAUGUUAAUGAUACCAAUGAUCAAGAACCUGGCUGAUGCGCUCUUCAGUUUGUUUACACACAAUAAAGACGUAUGAAAAUA